AUGAACAUGGAGAACGAACUGAAAGAGGAACUGAAUCAAAGAAUGAGAACAGCAUGGGCAAAAUUCGCACCCGUCAGGGAAACUACGGACCAACUGGCGGACCAAGAUCUUCGUGCUCAUCUGUUCGACUCGAGAGUUCUUCCAGCGCUCUGUUACGAAGCGGAGACGUGGGCAGACACCGCUGCCACGUCUAAAAAGCUACUUACUACCCACAGAGCCCUUGAGAGAUAUCUUCUGAAGUUUAACCGGCGCACACAAUAUCUAGCCGGUCUUCGCAGGUCCGACUUAAGAGGAAUGCCCCGUAUUCGCGACACAGCGGAAAAGAUAUCGAAAGCAAUGCCUAGAUGGACCGGUCACAUUAUGAGAAGAAUCGACGAUAGAUAA